GAUUUUUUAACAUCGCCGUGCACUGCCACCACUAAGGGUCAGCGGGGGGCCAGCCCUGGACCUGACCAGGAACAGGCCCCCCGACCGCGUUGAGGAAGCAGUGGAAGUCGACGUAGUACACGUGCCACGUCGCCGAGCGGGAGACCAAAUGCUCCACGCACGCGUGCACGAGGAACCACCCGAGCGACUCCAUGAGCUCCGAGAGCCCGGAAUCGCCACUGCAGCUCCACGAGCACCAUCAGGAAGACCGAAGGGAGCGCUGCGCGAGGAGCCUCCUCGCGACCUCCCUGACGUCCUCCACCACCGAGGGCUCCUCCACCAUCAGCGUCGCCGCCUCCGGAGGACCAGUCCGCCCCGCCGCGCUAGCAGCUCCGCCAGCCGCACGAGCUGGCUCCGCCGCCACCGCACCAGCAGCACAGGGCGGGGCUCGACGAACAGCAUCGUCGGCCCACGUGUCGUCGAAGUCGAUGUCGCCAUCGGAGUCCGCCCAGGCGGAAGGCUGCGCCGCCUGCACGAGCCGCAGGCCCGCCCCAGCAGCGCCAGCAUCCGCCGCCGCGCCCUCCACGUCGACAAUCUUUUUCUCCUUCUCCUCCUUCUCCGCCGCCUUGCGCGCCGCGCGCCGCUGCCGCCGCCGCCGCCGCUUCGCGGCAUGCGCCGAGGGGCGCGGGUCGGCAGCCGCUGCACCAGCAGGCCCAGGACGUGGAGGAUGAGGGGCGCCGCCAUCAGCGCCGUCGGCAGGCAGCGCGGGAGCCUCGGCCGCCCUGAACAGGGCAGCCGAGACUGCGGACCGCGCGACGGCCGCGACGGUGCGCCUCGGCGCGCCACCCAGCACGGCGCCGCGCACGGCCGCUUCCACCAGGGCGGAGGCGGCGAGCAGACGGAGGAGGAGGAGGAGGAGGAGGAGGAGGAGGAGGGUUCGAGGGCGACACCACGCGGCUCGCUGCGACAGCGCAGAUCGAGCCAGGCCGACGCCGAGCCACCCGCCGCCCUCCGCCCCGGACGCCCGCGCCCGAUCCACCACGGUGCCAGCGCGGCGCGAGCCUGCCGCAGAGCAAAGGGGUCGGACAUGGGCAAGAAGCAGCCGUCAGUCCACGCCCGGGCCAGUCGGGCCUCGCAGGGUCUCCUGCAGGAUCCAGCAUGAUCCUGCAAGAGGCACCCCAACCCGGGCCAGUGCACCCCGGGCCAAGCUUGGACAGAAGCCCCGCUGCGGAGGUCGUCGCCCACGCGUCGCGUCGCAGCCGUGCCUGCAGGAGCACUGCUCUGGUCCGUGCGGUCCUGUUGGUCCGCUCGGAGGCACUUCGCCGAUCGCCGCGCCCUCACGUCGGUUCAUAGGGUACCCU